GGGUGGCUUUGAAGGCAACUCCUGAUUGUAUGUUGUGUUGAUAGUUGAACUGUUAUUCUGUUUCCACCUAAGUACGCUGUUACGACUAAAGCUGUUCUGACUCUGCUGCAACAAUGUCUUGGGACUCUUACAUUGACGUACUGCUCCAAAACUCUCUUGACGAACAGAACGUGUACCACAUUGACAAGGUCUGUAUCCUGGGCAGAGAGGGGGGAAAGUGGACCUCUGAUGAGCACCAGAAUGCACUUAAGAUCCUGCCCGACGAGGUCGAUGCAAUAGUGCGCGCAUUCGAGACUAAGGACUUCUCCGACUUCCAGACCAACGGGGUCAAGUGCGAGGGACAGACCUACAAAUUCCUGCGCAAUGAAGAAGACCUCCUGUUGGCUAAGCAGAAGGACGAAGGAGCUCUGGUGGUCCAGAGAAGUAAAACGGCAAUUGUGAUAGCCCAUAUGCCAGAGGGCAAACAACAAGGAAAGACCAACUAUGCCGUGGCGAAGAUAGUGGACUAUCUUAUCUCCCUUGACAUGUAAAGAGGUCAAGGAGUAAAUAUAGGAUGAAUGCAAAAAUAAAGCUGCCAUAUAUUCACGACAAUUCUUUCCAAAUACAGCAGGUUGUGAAUGACAGCAAAUUUGUAGAUGCUAAGAGUUGCAAUUCAGUUGCGAUUCGCUUUUGACUAUUUUUACGUCGACUAUCUUACUCGUUGAUACUACUUGUUGACUAAAUUUUGAGCGAGCCUACUUGACUUUGACUUAAUUUGGCACGCUUUUUCAUUUUUGCUAUCUAGUUGAAAACUGACAUUGAUACGAUGAUACUGUUAAACGUGAAAUUCGGACAGCGCAGACUGAGUUUGAUAAGAUGAUAACAAAUGCCUUGAAGGCAUAUUUUGGUGCAAUACACAAUUGAUGCAAUUUAGACUACUUUUGGCUACUGAGGCGGUAUAAUUAACAUACUGACUCAAUUGAAUUGAACAUUCCUCUUUCAA